AAAUUAUAUAAAUCGAACGGGGCGUUACAGAAAGGCUGUCAGUUUAAUCCGACAGUGGGUGGAUAUCAACAUAUUCCACCAUGUUGCCACAGAGUCGAAAGCCCAUACUCUGUGGAACAAAAUUGAACAAAUGUACCAGAGGAAGACUGCACAGAAUAAAGCUUUCGUCAUUAAAAAGCUUGUAAAUCUAAAAUAUUGGGAUGGAAAAUCAGUUGCAGAACACUUGAACGAGUUUCAAGACAUGGUGAACCAACUUGUUACCAUGGACAUGAAACUUGAUGAAGAGCUGCAGGCGCUGUUACUUUUGAGUUCUUUACCGGAUAGUUGGGAGACUCUGGUGGUCUCGUUGAGCAACUCUGCUCCUGAAGGAAAACUGACUUUGACCCAAGUCAAAGACAAUAUGUUUAAUGAAGAAACAAGAAGAAAAGACUCUGGGGCAAGCAGUUCCCAGACCUUGGUUACAGAAACCAGGAGGAGAAGUAAAAGUAGAGGCCGGAGUAACAAAUCCAGAGAUAAAUUACAAUCUCAACCCAAUAGAAAAUUCAAGUGUUAUCACUGCGGUGAAGAAGGGCAUAUCAAAAGAAACUGCAAAGCCUGGAAGAACAGAGGUUGGAGAAACAACAAGGCAGAGAACGAUGAAAAUACCGCAACCCCUGUGAUCAAUGGGGAAGUGGUGUUGCUCUCUGUUGAAGAAAAAGAGUGUCACGUUGCAGAUUCAUGUGUUGAAUGGGUCAUUGACUCAGCAGCAUCAUACCAUGCAACCUCUCACAAGGAAUUCUUUUCUCUAUACAAAGAAGGAGAAUUUGGUAGAGUGAAGAUGGGCAACAAUAGCAUUGAAAAUAUUGUGGGAGUUGGUGAUGUGUGCAUUCAAACUGAUAUUGGGUGCACAAUAACACUGAAGGACGUACGACAUAUACCAUACUUACGUCUCAAUCUGAUCUCUGUGCAUGCAUUGGAUCUAGCAGGCUAUACUAACAAUUUUGGUAACGGCACGUGGAGGCUUACU